AUGGAAGAGAAAUGGCAGGAACUCGAAGGGAGAAAAAUGGUAGGAGCACGAAGGAAGACUGAGAGAAACGGAAGGAAGAAUGGAGGAAGAGGAAUGAGAAGUGAGCUUUAUAUAGCAGAGGGAAGUUGGAGGGAGAGCGGGAAACGAGGCAACCCUGAUAGUGAUGACACCAGCGAACGCCACGCGAAUCCUAGCAACCUAGACGACCCCUCGGAUGGCAGCCACCGUUUCAGCACCAUAAGCCCAAAGAACCCCAGAGUCCUCGACUACAGCAUCGCGUACUUCUUAAUGGACCUUCUCCAUUUCAUCGUCUUCAACCCCAGAGACCUCCUCUUUAUAGCCAACCACUUGGUGACGCUCUUCAUCUUCCUCACGAGUCGGUACUUGGUCUCUCAUGGCGCCUAUGCCAUACUGGUGCUCCUUAUCCUUGCUGAGAUCACCAGCGUGUGCCAGAACACUUGGACGCUUGCGAUUGCUCGAAAGAACGAUGCCAUAUUUGCUGCGAAACUAUACGAUCCCUUGUCUGCCCCCUUUUACACAGUGUAUUCGAUUAUCAGGGGUCUCGUGGUACCGUAUUUUGUGUACAAAAUGUUUGCGUUCUAUGCGAGUGGGGCAGCUAAGAGUGUGAUCCCAAAGCGAGUGUGGGUUUCUUGGAUUGUUGUAAUUCUUAUUGAUAUUUCUGUUAGUAUACUGUGGGUUUUGAAUCUUUGGGCUGAGUUUUACAGGGAAAGAAUGGGAAAACUAGACAAGAAAAUUAGAUACAUAGAUGUAUAUAUAGCAGUAAGAGCAAUGCUAUGUCGCCCAAGGCAGUGAAGAAGACAAACACUGUUCUUGCCUUGCUCGAUGAUUUGCA